UCAUGGAGGGCCCAGAGAAUCAUGCGGACAACUGGGCUGUAGGAGCGUUCUUCGAUAAACCACAAGAGAGUCAGCCGCAAAUACGUUCUGUGCUGUGGACCUCUCUCCUCUUCCUGUUUGUGGGAAUAGGAGCCUCUGAAAAAGACUCAACCCCAAUGGUGGUGUCAGGGAUCCUCGGGGGGUCCGUGAUCUUCCCCCUGAACAUCUCAGUCGACACGGAGAUUGAAAACAUUGCCUGGACUGGCCCUAAUGAAGCUCUUGUCUUAGUACAUCCUGGAACACAUCCGAUCUUUUUGGUCAAAAGCUAUGAGAGCCGAAUAAACAUCAGUGGAAACUACUCCUUGCACAUGAGACACCUAACCCAGAAAGAUGAGGGAUCCUACAAAGCCCAAAUAAACCAAAARAAUUCUAAAGUCACCACUAAGAAGGAAUUCAUCCUGCACGUCUAUGAGCACGUGCAGGAGCCUCAAGUCACCCUGAAGUCCAUAACCRUGUCUGAGAAUGCUUCCUGUAACAUCACCCUGAUGUGCUUUGUGAAUGGUACAGAAAAUGGUGUCCAAUUCAGCUGGACCUCAAGUACUUCUGAAUCCUAUAGCAGCUCUAUCCUCACUGUCUCCCCAAAGCCCUGUGAUCCAGGCCUGUCAUACACCUGCACAGCCCGGAAUCCAGUCAGCCAGAGCAGCUCCCGCCCUCUGCAUGCCUGGCAGUUCUGUGCAGGAACCUCCAAAGGAAACACAAUGGGGGAGACUGUGGUAGGGACCCUGGGAGAGCCAGUCACCCUGCCCCUGGCCCUCCCAGCCAGUCAAGACACAGAGAACAUUGUCUGGAUGUUUAACACAUCUCUUAUCAGCAAAGAGUGGAAAGGAUCAGCAACGGCAGAGCCACUCGCUACACCCAAGGGUUCUGAUGAGAGCAGGGUGUGGGUCUCCAGCCAAGACUACUCCCUGAAGAUCGGCCAGCUCAAGACGGAGGAUGCUGGCCCCUACCAUGCCUAUGUGUGCUCAAAGGCCUCCAGAGUCACCAGCAUGAAACACGUCAUCCUGCUCGUCUACCGGAGGCUGAAGAAGCCUAACAUCACCUGGAGCCUCAUGCACACUGAAGAUGACAUCUGCAGGCUCAGCCUGACCUGCUCAGUGGAGGAUGGUGGUAACAAUGUGACCUACACAUGGAGCCCCAUGCAGAAGGGCRCUAUUCUGUCCCAAGGGAGCUCGCACCUCAAUGUCUCCUGGAGAAGUGGUGAAAAAUACCCCAACCUCACAUGCACCGCCAGAAACCCCGUCAGCAACAGCUCCUGCCAGUUUCUGUCUGGGGACAUCUGUUCAGGGUCUAAGAGAAAAAGACAUUUUUGGAUUUGGUUCUCCCCGGUUAUCAUCCUUCUGAUCUUGGGCAUCUCCAGCUGGUACAUUUGGAAGAAAAAAGGAUUGUAUUCCGUGCCAGCCUCCAGUUCCAGCCACGCUGAGGCCCCAUCUGACCCACCAGAAUCCACGGCUGGCCACACCAUAUACACCGUGAUCUCCCAAGGACAUGAGAAGCUGGACCCUCUCCCGAAAACUGCCAGGCCUUGGUCUAGGCCCCCCUCAGACACCAGCUCCAAUAGCAGCAUCACGACUGAAGAGGAUGAGGAGAGGACCCAGAUGCACAAUUCUGUCAAUGGAAAAGAUGAGGUGAAUGACUCUGUCACUCAGAAAGACAUUGGACAAGACUUGGCCACUGAGGGGCAAGCAGAGCUUGUCAUUCUAGAUAACAGAGCAGUUGGAUCUGUGGUCGGAAAGAAUUUGGAGUAUACACAAGUGGUCCUUAAUCUGCAGGAAAAGAACCCAAUUCCUCAGAAGAAAGAGAACUCAGCCACAAUCUAUUGCUCUGUACAGAAACCUCAAAAGGUGGUGCCACCCCCACAACAGGAUGGUCUUGAGUCUCCUGAAAUCCCUACCUAUGAAAAUUUAACCUGAAAAGAAAAACAAUUGCCACCUCUUUCCUGGGUCCCAGUCAUUGGAAAAGCAGCUGGACCUUAUAAAAGUGGAGUGUUCCUACAGAUAGAAGCACAUCAGACUUUCUGCAGCGACUCAGACAUGCUCGGUUUGACCCCUCCCCCUACUUCUCACCCCUGUGGCCUCCUAAACCCAUUACUAUUUCA